GACUCCAAACGCUUUGAAGGGAUUGAUGUGGAUUUUAAAGAACUGGCCUAUGAAGUCCAGAGAACCCCAAAUGUAGUUGAGGCCACCAAUAAACCAGGUCUGUCCCAACAACUGGAGGACAUCCAGAGUAGGUUGUCUCUGUGUGAGAAGGCUUUGGCUGAAUAUUUGGACAUGAAGAGGUUGACCUUUCCCAGAUUUUACUUCAUUUCUUCUGCAGAUUUGUUGGAUAUUCUUUCCAACGGCACCAACCCGCAGCUGGUGCAACGUCAUCUUUCCAAACUCUUUGACAGCUUGGCCAAGAUAAAAUUCCAGCUGGACUCUGAGCAAAAAUCAACCAAGCUUGGCCUGGGAAUGUACAGUAGAGAGGAGGAAUACGUCAACUUCAGUGAACCCUGUGACUGCAGUGGGCAGGUUGAGGUCUGGCUGAAUCACGUACUAGAGAGCAUGAGGGCUGCUGUGAGAGACGAGAUGACAGAAGCUGUUGUGGCUUAUGAGGAGAAGCCAAGAGAGCAGUGGCUCUUUGACUACCCUGCCCAGGUGGCUCUUUCCUGCACCCAGAUCUGGUGGACAACUGAGGUUGGGAUUGCCUUUGCCAGGAUGGAAGAAGGCUACGAGAAUGCAAUGAAGGAAUAUCACAAGAAGCAGGUGACCCAGCUGAACACCCUCAUUACCAUGCUGAUUGGGCAGCUUUCCAAAGGUGACAGGCAGAAGAUCAUGACCAUAUGCACCAUCGACGUGCAUGCUCGGGAUGUGGUGGCAAAGAUGAUCGCGCAGAAGGUGGACAACGCCCAGGCGUUCAUUUGGCUGUCGCAGCUCCGGCACAGAUGGGCGGAUGAGGAGCGGCACUGCUUUGCCAACAUCUGCGAUGCCCAGUUCCUGUACUCCUACGAAUACCUGGGCAACACCCCUCGGCUUGUGAUCACUCCACUGACCGACAGAUGUUACAUCACUCUGACUCAGUCGCUGCACCUGACCAUGAGUGGAGCACCUGCGGGCCCUGCAGGCACUGGCAAGACGGAGACCACGAAAGAUUUGGGGCGAGCCCUGGGCAUCAUGGUGUAUGUGUUCAACUGCUCGGAGCAGAUGGACUACAAG